AUCCAGUCAGUGACCUCAUCCCCUAGACUCCCGCGGGCGCGCUUGCAAAGAGCCUUCUUUGAUGGCUCGCAACACGCCCCCCUUCCCCCAGGUCCUAGCGCCCGGCGGGUUAGGGCCGAGCCGGUGGGGCUGGGGCUCUCUGAUUGUCGGUGCGUGCAGGUCCGCACGUCCCUAGACCCCCAUCCUUUAGGCUGUCUACCCCUCCCCACGAUCUAUCGGUCUUCAAAGCUCCUUUGUCAGACCUUUCUCCUCAACAUCUCUUUGUAUGUGUAUUGACGGAGGGGUCCGCAUCACCUACUGACCCUGGGUGGUGUGGAUGGUCUGGAGGUAGGGGUGAGAGGACACCGAGGCGCAGGCUUUUGGAAGCCGAGGAGCGCGUUCCCAGAAGCCUGGGCCCCGGACCUUGGCCCAGAGCCAGCCUGGCUUGCCUGGCACUGCUGUUCUCAUGUGGGCACAAGCCAGGCCCCGCCCUCUCAGAGGCCUGGGUGGGGGUGGGGAAGAGCUAGCCGAUGCUGUGGGAACGGAUUACCCAGAGAAAAACCCAGGCAGGCUGGGCAAGACUCCAGGGGACAGGAGCCUCCCUGCCUCUUCUCACCUUCCGCUCUCUAAGGAAGGAAGAUGUCUGGAGUCCCCUCUGCCAAUAACUGUCGGGGAGAACGGCACCAGCCAGGAGAAUGCCCCAGGUUCCAGGGGCAGAUCCAGGAGGAAGCGAAGUCUUCCCCCAGCCUUUGUAAUUUCUGCUACCUGAGCUCAGGAGAGACACUGCAGAGCCCUUGCAGACCUCACCAUGCCAGUUGCUGCCACCAACUCUGAGUCUGCCAUGCAGCAAGUCCUGGACAACCUGGGAUCCCUCCCCAAUGCCACGGGGGCCGCGGAGCUGGACCUGAUCUUCCUUCGAGGCAUUAUGGAAAGUCCCAUAGUAAGAUCCCUGGCCAAGGCCCACGAGCGGCUGGAGGAGACCAAGCUGGAGGCCGUGCGGGACAACAACCUAGAGCUGGUGCAGGAGAUCCUUCGGGAUCUGGCGCAGCUGGCAGAGCAGAGCAGCACAGCCGCGGAGCUGGCCCGCAUCCUCCAAGAGCCUCACUUCCAGUCCCUCCUGGAGACACACGACUCUGUGGCCUCGAAAACCUAUGAGACUCCCCCGCCCAGCCCUGGCCUGGACCCCACCUUCAGCAACCAGCCGGUGCCUCCCGACGCGGUCCGCAUGGUGGGCAUCCGCAAGACCGCUGGAGAGCAUCUGGGAGUGACGUUCCGUGUGGAGGGCGGCGAGUUGGUGAUCGCGCGCAUUCUGCACGGCGGCAUGGUGGCUCAGCAAGGCCUGCUGCACGUGGGCGACAUCAUCAAGGAGGUGAACGGGCAGCCAGUGGGCAGCGACCCCCGCGCGCUGCAGGAACUCUUGCGCAGUGCCAGCGGCAGCGUCAUCCUCAAGAUCCUGCCCAGCUACCAGGAGCCCCAUCUGCCCCGCCAGGUAUUUGUGAAAUGCCACUUCGACUACGACCCUGCAAGAGACAGCCUUAUCCCCUGCAAGGAAGCCGGCCUGCGCUUCAGUGCUGGGGACUUACUGCAGAUUGUAAACCAGGACGAUGCUAACUGGUGGCAGGCAUGCCACGUCGAAGGGGGCAGCGCUGGGCUCAUCCCCAGCCAGCUGCUGGAGGAGAAGCGGAAAGCCUUUGUCAAACGGGAUCUGGAGCUGACACCCACCUCAGGGACCCUAUGUGGCAGCCUUUCAGGAAAGAAAAAGAAGCGAAUGAUGUAUUUGACUACGAAGAAUGCAGAGUUUGACCGGCAUGAGCUGCUCAUUUAUGAGGAGGUGGCCCGCAUGCCCCCCUUCCGCCGGAAAACCCUGGUGCUCAUCGGAGCCCAGGGUGUGGGCCGGCGCAGCCUGAAGAACAAACUCAUCAUGUGGGAUCCAGAUCGCUAUGGCACCACCGUGCCCUACACGUCCCGGCGGCCCAAGGACUCCGAACGGGAAGGUCAGGGCUACAGCUUUGUGUCCCGUGGGGAGAUGGAGGCGGACAUCCGCGCUGGGCGCUACCUGGAACAUGGCGAGUACGAGGGCAACCUGUAUGGCACGCGCAUCGACUCCAUCCGGGGCGUGGUCGCCGCCGGCAAAGUGUGCGUGCUGGAUGUCAACCCCCAGGCAGUGAAAGUGCUGAGAACAGCUGAGUUUGUCCCUUAUGUGGUGUUCAUCGAGGCCCCUGACUACGAGACCCUCCGGGCCAUGAACCGGGCUGCAUUGGAGAGUGGGCUGUCCACCAAGCAGCUUACGGAGGCAGACCUGAGGAGGACAGUGGAAGAGAGCAGCCGCAUCCAGAGAGGCUACGGGCACUACUUUGACCUCAGCCUGGUCAACACCAACCUGGAGAGGACCUUUCGUGAGCUCCAGGCUGCCAUGGAGAAGCUGCGGACAGAGCCCCAGUGGGUGCCUGUCAGCUGGGUGUACUGAGCCUGUUCAUGUGGACCUCACCCCUCUGGGUUGCGACCCAUCCCCUUCCCCAGCCAUGACCCCCAGCCAUGAUCCUUAGCUCUCAUCCCUGGUGGUCUGGCUCUCCCUGGGUGAUGGCUCCUAGGGGGCCCUAAUCUGGCUUCAGCACAGAGGCAUGCACUGCCAAGGAGAUGGGGUGUUCAUGGGGUACCUCUGUGCCCAGGUGCUGCUCACUCCCCAUGCCCACUGGCCACCAGAUGUCCCUCUCUGAGGGCCAGGCUGUGCCCAGGAGUGUCAGAGUCACCUCCAUAGUGCUCAGUCCAGAGUAGAGAAAAGCUGCUUUGGGACCCUGUGGUCAGUAGGUACACUGCCCCCAGGGCACCUCUCUGCAGUUACCUUUUCUCCUUGGGCUAGCCACGCCCACCCAAUUCCUGGGCUCCUCCCACCUCUCACACCUGUGGCCUAGGAGUGGGCCUUGGGCUGUUUCCAGACCAGGGAGUGCAGGUCCCAGCAGCCAGGCAGUCCUGGGCGGUGGUGGCAGCCUGGUGCCGUCCUGAAGGCUGGAGGAACCCGAGCUUGAACCAGCUCCCACGGCCGGGGGGGGGGGGGGGGGGGGGAGCAAGGCCGUCCCAGCUCCCGUGGAAUCGGGCAGAGUCCCACAAGCGAACCCCACCCUGUCCUUCCCUCAUCCACAGCUUUUCACUGCCGAAGUCUCUCCACAGACUUCUCCAACGUGCCCCUGACAGGUCAGCUCUGCUCCCCCGCAGGGCAAGGCCAGCAGGGGUGAGUGGGCUCAACAGGGGUAGGGGUGGGCUGAAGACCGAGCCAAGUGACAGGGAGCCUGCUCCUACUGAUCGUGGCCCACGGUGGGGCAUAUCUGGACUCCCUGUUCAUGACCAUUGUCCAUUGUGGUCUCUCUGGGGGGGUCCAGGUGGCCCACUUGCAUCAGAUCUGCUGGGGUGUGGCGCUGGGGAUGGGGCGCAGAGGGGACCUUGUGAGCAGGCCAUGGGGCCUGGGCUCGGGCGUAGGACAUUUGUGCUCUAGCCAGCUUCUUGUUGAGCAACUCCAGGGGGCGCUAUCCACACGGUGUCAGCGCAGCUUCUGUUCCUCAUGCUGCGGCACCUGGUCUGUGUGUGUGCCAUUGGUGUGUGUUGUAUCAGUGUUGGUUUUUUGGAGAAAAGAAGCAAAGGGUGGUUUUGCUUUGGAGGUCACUUUUUGGGGGUUCCCCAUCAGCCCCCGUUUCUUAUGAGACUCUUAUCCCAGAUUGCAGAGCCUUGGCCCUCCCCAGAUGUCUUCCUCCCCCUCUCCUGCUGUUCCCUUAUCCUAAAAGACACCCCCGAGUCCUUGGGGAAGGCAAUUGUGUAAAAUAGGAGAAUCCCUUUUAAGAAAAUAAUGCCGUCCUAGACUUCCCCAGGCAUCUGUCCCUCGUCCUUCUUUGUGAUCCUGCCUGGGGUCAGUCUGUCCUUGCCGGGACCACCCCAUCGCCCCCACCGGCCCCCCCGCCCCCCGUGACUUCCCAGUUCUGCUGAGUGUCUAAUCCGUCUUCGCUGCAGGUUCAGCCCAAGCUGGCCCCUGAACCACUGUGUGCCCAUUUCGUAGGGAAGGGGAGGGAGAAGAGACAGAAUAUUUAUUACAAAGUUAGAAAUAUAUUUAUUAUAGUAGGGAUCCCAUUUGCAUUCGCAGAGGGUAUGCAAAUGAGAUGUAAAGGUCAAGCCUGCUCCCAUCUCGUUUGCGUAGCUCUGCCUCCACUAUGCAGUCGCCUUGACACUCCCCUUUUCCCUUUGGCCAAUGUUCUUUUCAUCCUCAAGUCAGCUCUUCCUUGCAUCACCCUUACCCACAGCCCAAGGGGACCAGGAGUGGGAGGAAAACACCCGAGGCAAUCAGUGGUAUCCUUUGCCAGUUCCCGCCUCCCCUGGAGGACUUGGGAGUAGAGGCACCCGAGGAUCUGCUGGUGCAAACCCCCUGCCCUUGGUUAACCUCCAAAGUGCCCUGAUGGAGAGACCAUCCUCCGACGGGGGUGGAGGGAGGUUGGCAUAGGAGGCUGGGCACCUUGCUGGAGCAUUGGCACCUGGCCUUUUAGGGCAGAUCUCCUGUGUUGAUGCUGUUCUGCCACCUCUAGUGAUGCCUGGGGGACUGGGCUGGGUCCCUCCUCUCCUGUCUUCAUCCCUCCCUGAACUUCAUCCUACCUCCCCUGCCCAACCCCCCUCCACCCCCCCACCCUGGCCCAGGGCUGGGUUGGAACAGGUGUGUGCCCACCAUGUUACAUCUCCCCCCCCCCCCGCCACCUCGCCCCAGACGCUUGUAUUUGAGGCACCUCAGGAUAAUGAGGACUCUGCCCCCCACUGUCCACACUCAGUGCCAGCCUGGUGGCCCUGUCCCCUCUUCUCUCCUCCCUCAGUCAAUUCUUGAGUUUUGCUCUGACUAGUUUUCUUUCUUUUCCUUUGAUUAAAUGUGAAAACAAA